UCGAGUGAGGACAGCGAGAGAGGGUGCGAGAAUUCACACAGGAAGAAUAGCAGUAUGAUAACCAAAGGGUAAUAAAUUCCUGCAUUGCGUUUACUGAGAACAAACAGGGAUCUUUUACUGUGAAUUUAUUUCAUAUUUCUGCGCUGGAAUAAGUCUGACUUCCUCGUGAUGGGUACGCAAUGUCGUCAAAUUCGGUGGGAGUACAGUUGUUCAUGUCUCCAUUUUGCGAUUCUGAUGUUGCUUUGGAACAGGACCUCUGCUCAGAUCCGUUAUUCCAUUCAGGAGGAAUUAAAAGUCGGGACGAUAGUUGGGAAUUUAGCUAAAGAUAUGGGGUUUGACAGAGGAACACUGGCUGAUCGGAAUCUCCGCAUUGUGUCGGGAACAAAGCAGGAUCUUUUUCAGGUAAAUCAGAGAGACGGCGCUUUGUUUGUGAAUCAGAGAAUAGACAGAGAGGAGCUAUGUGGCAAAAGCACUCCGUGUCUUGUUAAUCUGAAAGCUGUAAUAGAGAAUCCUCUAGAAAUGCAUCGCAUUACAGUGGAAAUAGUAGAUGUUAAUGACCACGCUCCCAGCUUUCCAGAUCCAGCAUAUCGUUUGGAAAUACCGGAAUUCACGAUGACAGGGGCUCGUUUCCAGAUGGAGGGGGCUCAUGAUCCUGACACAGGAUUGAACGAUUUGCGUCACUAUAAACUGAGCCAAAACGACUAUUUUCGAUUGGAUGUUAAAGAAUUAAAUGGAGACAGUAAAAUUCCAUUUUUAAAUUUGCUAAAACCGUUGGAUAGAGAGGUUACUGCACAGUUAAGCUUGCUCCUAACCGCCAUAGACGGUGGCAGUCCGCAGAAAUCUGGUACACUGAAUAUCUCUGUGAUUAUUUUGGAUGCGAAUGACAAUGCGCCCGUGUGUGGUAAGCAAAUAUAUACAGUGAGUAUGAAGGAAAAUGUUCCAGUUGGUACGUUUGUAAUGCGUGUUGAUGCCGUAGAUUUGGAUGAGGGAAUAAAUGGUGAAAUAGAAUACUCAUUUCGUAGUAAAGCCAGGAGUAAGGCCUCAGAAAUGUUUGAAUUGGACAGUGAAACAGGAGAGAUUAAAGUAAAGGGAGCGAUUGAUUUUGAAGAGGAAAAGUCUCAUAAGAUAGACAUUUACGUUUCUGAUAAAGGGGCUUUGCCACUGACAACUCAGUGUAAUGUUUUAGUCAAAGUGGAGGACGUGAACGACAACAAGCCAGAAAUUGAUGUCACCUCUUUUUCGAGUCAGAUCUCGGAGGACUCGCCUCUUGGCACAGUGGUAGCGCUGAUAGGUGUGACCGACUUAGACUCAGGUGUAAACGGACAGGUAGUUUGUACAUUACCUGAAGACGUACCGUUUGAUCUGAAACAUUCCCCUGAGGAGAACUUUUAUUCCUUAGUGACUAAGAGCCCCUUAGACAGAGAGGCUGUGCCUCAGUAUGACAUAACCAUCACAGCGAAAGAUCUCGGAAUCCCCUCAUUAUCUAGUGUGAAAACAAUCAGAGUGGAGAUUUCAGAUAUUAACGAUAACAACCCGGUAUUCUCUCAAGAUCCAUAUACCUUGUACUUACUGGAAAAUAACGCGCCUGGCGCAUCCAUAUUGACAGUCAGCGCCUCUGAUGCAGAUGAAGGAGAAAACGCGCUGGUUUCAUAUUCAUUUGGGCACAUGAGCGCAGGCUCGGGUCACAGUGUUGCAUCCUUCUUAAAUAUCAAUCCUGAAAAUGGGAAUAUUUACGCGCUGAAAACCUUUGACUUUGAAACUGUGAAAACCUUUCAAUUCCAAGUGGUAGCUAAAGACUCAGGAAGACUGUCACUAAGCAGCAACGUUACAGUGAAUGUCUUCAUUCUGGAUCAGAACGAUAACGCUCCAGUGAUCUUGUCACCGAUCAGCGCUAACGGUUCCGCUGAAGGCGUGGAGGAGAUUCCCCGCAAUGUGAACGCAGGCCAUUCGGUGACUAAAGUGAGGGCCUAUGACGCUGAUAUAGGAUACAACGCCUGGCUCUCGUUCUCACUGCAGCACGUUCCAGACCCCAGUCUCUUUGGUUUGGAGCGAUAUACAGGAGAAAUCAGGACGCUUCGUUCAUUCACGGAAUCAGACGAGGCUGAGCAUAAACUGGUCAUAUUGGUGAAAGACAAUGGGAACGUUUCACUGUCAGCUACAGCAACUGUGAUUAUCACCGCCGUGGAGCCCAAAGAGGCAUUUGCAGCUUCUGACAUAAAAAACACGGUAAAAACCGAGGAGGAGAACAAUGUAACUUUUUAUCUGAUAAUCACACUGGGGUCAGUUUCGGCGCUCUUUCUCUUGAGUAUUAUCGGUUUGAUAGUGAUGCAGUGCUCCAAACCUCCAGACUAUUCGUCCAAAUAUUGCCGGGACUCCAAUUACGCGGACACGAGCGGGAACGGGACACUGUGUCACAGCAUCCAGUACAGAUCCGGAGACAAACGGUACAUGUUAGUUGGACCCAGAAUGAGUAUCGGUUCUGCUAUUGUCCCCGGCAGUAAUGGGAAUACUCUGGUCGUUCCAGAUCACAGGAGGAGAAUCUCAGGAGAGGUAAGGAGUUGUGUUUGA